AUGGCCGUGGCUGGGUCGGGCGGGUAUGGUAGCGCCGUAACGCUGCCAUGCCAGACGGACAGCCUCAACGCAAAGAGCUUCAGCCUUCAGAUCCUACGAUAUCCUGGUCCACGAGCAUCACACACCACGCCGUCACUGCUGUCCACAUUUCCUGCAACACUGACCAUCACUACCUCCACCAACACCUCCACCAACAUCAUCACCAACGCCAACCUGACCCCUGGCUUCGCCUCUUAG